AUGUCUGAUGAUCGGAAACGUACUAAUAACAAACCAAAGUCUUCUAGACUUAAAAAGUUCUUUAACUCAUUACAAAUUCCUGCUAACAUGUAUGAUUUAGAAGGUGCAUCCAUUUGGGAAUCACCAAACAUGGAGCGCUCUUCCAAGAACAGCGCUUCAAAUUCAUCAUUGGAUCGUUUAGGUUCCGCUCAAUAUAAACCAACAGGACCACCAAGCAGAAAUUUCCGUGCUUCAUCAGUUGAUAUUGAUAAAGAUAUUGGAAGUAUCAUUUCCAGUAUCAGUAAUUCUAAUUCCAAUCAAAAUGGGCUCAACAAUUUUGAUCAACCAACAAAUUUAAUCAAUGAUCGCAGAAACUCUACAACUAGUGGUGCUGGUUCGGAUGUUGAUAGUGAUUAUGGCAAUGCUUUUGGUUUCAAAAGAGGAACUUUGUCCCUGGGUAAUUACAACAUGGGUAACAAUAAUUCAAAUGCUUCUGUUGCUGCUGGUGCAAGAAAUAAUGCUUUUGGAUCAGCUUCCAUCAGUGGUGGUAUUCCUUCUCAUAUCAAUGGUGCUGGUUCUGGUCGUUUCUUAGAAAAAUUUGCCGCUGUGGCUGAAGCAACUAGAGAAGUUGAAUUAUUAGGUGGUGGUGUUGGUUCAUUAUCCAUUGGAAGUACAAGUGCUCGUGUUCCAGGAUCUUCAAGAAGAACGAGUUUUUUAACUCCUGAAGGUACCACUGUUAAUAAACCUUUCCAUGAUAGUUCACCAAAUUCAUUAAGUGAAAGUUUAAAUAAUCCAUUAAAUGCAAAUACUUCAAGACAGUCAAUCUCUGAAAGAAUUGAUAAUUAUAAUUUAUCGAAUGCAAAUUCUCCAGAUCAAGCUUUUAAAUCUGCUUUAGGUUCUCAAAGUCGUGCAAUGUCUAUUUCUUCAGAUCUUAAUAAUCCUUCAGAACAUAAUUCAAUUAGUUUUGAUGUUAAUGGUGAAAAUGUUAAUACUAGUAUAUGGAACCCUGCUUCUGCUGCUUCUGCUACUACAUUUACACCAACAUCUAAUAUCAAUGGUGAUCAACAACAACAACAACAACCUUUCCCAAAUUAUCCACAAAUGUUUCCUUAUGGAUUCCCAUUCAAUCAACCAUUUCCAAUGAUGCCAAUGAUGCCACCUCAAUUUUUGGAUUCUCAAAAUAUGUUUAAUGCUCAACAAGCUCAACAAGGAUCUGCUGUUGAAAGUCCACCAAAUGGUGAUGUUAAACCUUCUGAUGCAAAAAAUACUGAAUUACCAAAAUUGAAUGAAGAUCAACAACCAAAAACUUUUUCACCAUUCGUACCAGGUAUUCAUUUACAACCACAACCAUUAAAUGGUGGAUUUAAUUCACAAUCACCAUUUGUUUAUCCUCAAUCAUUUUCACCAUAUGGAUUUUUACCACCACAAUUGAAUGGUACACCUGAUGUUCAAAAUAAUGAUAUUAAUCAACAAUUUCCAUCAAACGGUACUACUAAUAAUACCAAUAAUCAUAAUAAUAUAAAUAAUAAGAGACGUUCACCAAAACAACCAUCAUCAUCAUCAAAUGGUAAUGGAGUAUCACGUUCAAAUGGUAAUGGUAAAGGACCAAAAAAUCAUAUUUAUAGAAGUCCAUUACUGGAAGAAUUUCGUAAUAAUACUUCAAAAGAAUAUAGAUUAAAAGAUAUUUUUGGAAGUGCUGUUGAAUUUUCAAAAGAUCAACAUGGUUCAAGAUUUAUUCAACAACAAUUAGAAAUUAGUUCAGAUGAAGAAAAUGAAGUUAUUUUCAAUGAAAUUCGUGAAGCUUCAUUAGAAUUAAUGACUGAUGUUUUCGGUAAUUAUGUUAUUCAAAAAUAUUUUGAACAUGGUUCAGAUACUCAAAGACAAGUUUUAUUGGAACAAAUGAAGAAUCAAGUUCAACAUUUAUCAAUGCAAAUGUAUGGUUGUAGAGUUGUUCAAAAAGCUAUUGAAUAUGUUCCAUUAAAUGAUCAAAUUUCCAUUAUAACUGAAUUAAAAGAUUCAAUUGUUUCAUGUAUUAAAGAUCAAAAUGGUAAUCAUGUUAUUCAAAAAUCUAUUGAAAAAAUUCCAAUUGAAAAAAUUGAAUUUAUUUUAGAUUCUUUAAAAACACAAAUUUAUCAUUUAUCAACUCAUACAUAUGGUUGUCGAGUUAUACAAAGAUUAUUAGAAUUUUCCAAACCAAAAGAUCAAGAAUAUAUUUUGAAUGAAUUAAAUAAAUUCACUUAUUUCUUAAUUCAAGAUCAAUUUGGUAAUUAUGUUAUUCAACAUAUUAUUGAACAUGGUAAACCAUCAGAAAGAAAAUUAAUUGUUGAUACAGUAUUAGGUUCAGUUGUUGAUUUUUCAAAACAUAAAUUUGCAUCAAAUGUUGUUGAAAAAUGUGUUAUAUUUGGGGAUGAUGAACAAAGAUCAUUAAUUUUGGAUGAAGUUUUGAAAAACAAUGAAAAAGAUGAUGAUAAACCAGUUGAUGAUCGUUCACCAUUGGGAUUAAUGAUGAAGGAUCAAUUUGCUAAUUAUGUUGUUCAAAAAUUAGUUGAUGUUACAAAAGGUUCAAAAAAGAAAAUAUUGAUUAAAAAAAUUAAACAAUUUUUAAAACAAAUUUCAAAAACAAAUUAUGGUAAACAUUUAGCAUCAAUUGAAAAACUUAUUGUUUUAUCUGAAACUGCAAUCACAUCAGAUGAUGAAGAAUAA